ACUGAACACCGACCAGAGAACAACUUCGGUCCCAACACAGAAUUGUGAAAGAAAAACUCAGACCUCACCUUUUAAGAGAGGAAACAAAACUGAGUUACCAACACUACUGACAUUUUGCAAGGAACAAUGAAUCUGAACGAAGAAGCCAAAAGGAUUAUGGCUAUUUCCAUUAGUAAGCUGUAUUCCUCGCGCACACAGCGCGGUGGACUGAGACUUCACCGAAGUCUCCUACUCUCUCUGGUCAUGAGAUCGGCACGGGACAUUUACCACUCCGUCCAGGUUCUCAACGAAACCGCGGAGCAACAACACACGGUUCCCUGUGAGCCGCAAGAGACGGUUAUCGAAGAGCCCAUGGACACGUCUACAGACCAGACAGUCCCCGACGUGUCAAUAGAGUCCACUGAGACCGAUCCGACGACUGACGAGGAGGCUGACAUUAAGCCUCCAAAGGCAGAGGACGGUGAGUGGGACAAAGAAAACAGAGACUGGGCUCAGUGCGACCGACAUUCCAGGAAACGGAGAGGCAAGGCAGCUGCCGAGCCUGAAUUCCUCCCGAGUAAGAAAGCCAGAAUGGACACAGAGGACGACAGACGCGUGGGAGUUUUGAGGAGUAGUAACGGGAACUGUUGUCGCUCGGUCGAAAUACUGACUCAAAUUUCUGUUCCAAGUGCUAUCGAGGCGUUCUGAACGCCAGGGGAACUGGUAACCGGGACCUCAACAUGAUCUGUCGAGCUGAAACGGGUCAGGGACGUGACCUAGUUUAUGAACACGGGACAAAGGAGAAGGGCGCAAUGUUACCCCGCUUACUCCCCUUGGGUGACAUGGUACAUGGUACCCUCGUCGCUUCAAACAGUUGAAAAAGUAGUGACACACGGAUAGAGGCCUUUUCGGGCUGAGUGAGCAAUGACCGGUCACUGAGUCAGCGUGCCUGACGCUUAAGAAGAAGUGAGUCAGAACAUGUACAAGGCGGCAGCUGUUCACGCACCUUCGGUCUGUUCGAGCUGCGACCGGCAGACAAAGCCGCGAGUGGGGGAUGGUGUUCUGUCGGGAUUUGCACGGCACUACAAGGAGUCACGCUGGUGUUUUGAUCGCUUGACGGGACCAGAUCACUACCCUACGCAGGGGGGCGCAUUUGUGUCAACCCCUAUGACGUUGACGCCUGCCCAAGGUAAACAAGCAAGCAAGAAAAACAUCAACGCUACAGAUGACCUCUUGACCAACAAGGACUGGUGUUGCAACUGCACUGAUAAUGCCAACAUUCUGUUCGACAUCAUGAAACAAGGUGUCGAAAUUCCUUCCUGUCCUGUUCUUUAUGUUUGUAUGUCAGACUGUUUUUAAAUCAAUUUUCUACAAUGAUUUUUAUAUUUAUAUGGCAAUAAAAUGCAAACAAUUCAA